AUGUUUCCAUUGUGCUGCGGAUGUGAGGACCACACGGAGCCUCCUGCACAGGAGGUCGUGGCCGCAACCAAAGCGGUGAAGCCAGCCGUUGCCGUCGCUGAUUCUUCCGCCUACCAGCCGGUGCACUUCCACGUCUUCGCAGAGGAGGAGGGCGGUCUCGAUCCCAUUCCUUCGCCGGCGAAGUCGGCGGCCGCCCACGGCGGAGACGCCAAGUCGGCGGAGACGCCCACGUCCCCGCGGACGCCGGCGUCGCUGAAGGCGAAGGACGCGAUGAAAGCGGAGGCCUCGAGGUAUGUGGUGGAGAUGGACGUUUUGCCCGGUGACCUGGGCUUGGACUUCGAAACCACUGGGGACCUCUGCAUCGUGAGCCGUGUUUGGGAGACUGGUGCAGCUGCCCGAUGGAACGAGACGGCGACCGAGAAGAUUCAGAAGCUCGAUCGGCUUUUGGCGAUCUCCGACACCGAGGCGAAGUCCUUGGCCUCUCCGAAGUCUUCAGCCUCGGUGCAGCAGAAGGAGGGUCUGCUGGAGCUCCACUUUCAACGGCCGCGCUUUCGGAGCAUCACCUUGGAGCCCAAGGGGAAGCUGGGCCUGGGCCUGGCCAACCGGAAGGAGACUGGGACUUUGCAGGUCACCAAAGUGGAAGCGGAUGGCUUUGUUGCCCAGCACGGGAUCAGCCAGGACACGCUGCGUCCGGAUGACCGGAUCGUGUCGGUGAAUGGGGUCAAUGAGACGGCGGCCCAGAUGGCACGGCAGUUGGUCUUGAAGCGACUCGAGCUCACGGUGUGCAGCUAUGAUUUCAAGCAGUGCCCCACAAAGGGCAUCUUCAGCGGAAGCUACAAGUGUGCACCUGAGAAUCGAGACUAUGAGUUUCGGAGACGCCUGGCCGAGACGUAUGGCUACUACGAUUCGAAGAUCAUGGCCAGCACGCGGGAGCAGGACAUUAUGUGGUGGACCGGUCUCAUGGAGCCGCCAGAGGACAUCCUGGAUUUGUUGGAGUUCUUGAUCAGUCGCUUCCAGAAUGUCGAUGAGGCCUUCCGGAAGAUUGUGCGGAUCUCGGACACCAAGUCUGAGCAGAUCACCCUGCGUGUUUUCUCAGAUGGUCUGAAGGCCAUGGACUGUGGCAAGUUCAAAGGUGAAGAUGAGAACAAGCGAUUGCAGGCCAUCUUCCGAUAUUUGGAUCCUGGCGGUGAAGGCACCGUGUCGUUGAACGAAUGGCGAGUGCUGGGUCAGCUCUGGAGUGAGUUCGACAUGACCAUCCGAGAGUUCGUCCAGUUCCUCAUCAUCGCCUUCGGCGAGGAUCUCAAGGAGGCCUGGAACGCCUUGGACGACGACGGCAGUGGCGAGCUGUCCGAGGACGAGUGGUUUGAAGCAGUGGAAAAGAUCGGCUAUUUUGGCCCUGCAAGGGUGAUCUUCGCCCUCCUGGACAACACCGAUGAUGGGGAUAUCUCUGCCGAGGAGUUUGAAGUGCUGGAGAAGUACAAGAAGACCCGGCGGUGA